GUCCAUAGACGAGCGAUACAUACACGCUUUCAUUUUCCGCCAGGCUUCUCUAUUGGCCAUGCUGCAGUGUUUAGGCUUGGUUUCUCAUGUUCUACUGCUUGAACUGGAAUCGGAAAGAGAUAACCAUUAGAGCUUCGUCAUGAUUACACACCAGCUCCUGGAAGUGAUGACUGCUGAGUACGAAGUCCAAUGAGAUGAUGAUCAGCUGUUUUACUGCAACUGUACCACGGUAUUAUUAAUACUACAAGUUGGUUUGUGAUCACGUGGACUUGUACAAACAUUUCCUUUCUUUGAAGUCUGAACCCUUGAUGCGUGAUUUAUUUAUGAUGUGAAUCAACAUGGCGCUCCAUCCAGACUGCACCAGCUUCGAAAAAACAGGAUUACUUUCUGUAGAAGCGGAGGAAAAUCGCACAUUGCAGUCUCAUGAGGAAGUUAUACCAAAAAUUAUACAGGAAAGCGAAUCGGAAGCGAUUCCUGCAUUCAGUGAAUACACAUCAGCCCUUCCGAUCUCCCAUGUAGAAAGUGCACAUUGUGCAGACUGUAAUGAAAAUGUAUCUCGCCUUUGGGUCUCAGAAUAUAAAUUCUCAGAAAAUGUGGAGCAUUGGUAUAAGGAUCCGUCGUUGCAUUUAUACUGCGCCAAAUUCUUCCAGUGCUUGGGAGAUCGCAUGUGGAUUUAUAGCGGUCCCCUUUUGCUCCUCUCUCUCCGCCCGGAUACGUUGACGUUACCUGCAUUAUACGGGUUCAUAACAGGGAUAUCGGCCAUUAUUUUUGGCCCGCUGUUUGGGGAAUGGGUUGAUGCGAAACCACGGAUGCAUGCGGCUAUUGUGACAACUAUAAUGCAAAAUGGCUUUUUGGCCAUGGCAGCCUUACUACUGGGUUUCGCUGUCUUCAUGCGGAAUCAGAUGGAGGAAAUCAAUCUUAUGCUGUGUGUUGCCGGUCUGAUUUUGUUCAGUUUUGUGGCCAACAUUUUUUAUGGGACAUCAUUGGUGAUAAUCGAAAAAGACUGGGUUGCUGUCAUAGCAGGAGACGAUUCAUCAAAAUUAGCACGUAUGAUUGCUGCUAUCCGGAGAAUUGAGUUGAUAGUCCAAGUUUUGUGCCCUUUGGCCAUGGCCCAACUGUUAACAUACUGUGGCACCGGCGUAACAGCCGUCACAAUUGGAGGAUGGAGUCUUGCCACUAUGAGUGUGGAGUAUGCUUUCUUGCGACAAGCCUGGCGCUUGUCGCCUACUAUGAAGGAAAAGGGACCAGCUCCUGGUCCUAAACCAGGAGAAAGGACUGAAUCGGACACAGUAUUAAUGGUGAAAAAAGUGUUCCGCACUUGUUACUCGAUCCACAAUGGAUGGACAAUGUUCCGCCGCAAUAAAGUCGGGACUGCCGCGUUGGCUAUCUGUCUGCUGGAAGCCAAUGUCAUUGUUUUCAACGGCGUGACAUGUGGAUUCGCAGCGACGCAGGGAUUUUCCAAUACUGUCAUCUCCUUGUUGGUUGCCGGUGAUGCGCUGGCCGGUGUAGUUAGCACGUUCAUUUUUCCUUUAUUCAGGCGUCAAUGUUCUCUUACCCGAAUCGGCUUAUGGGCUGCGUCCAUACUGUGCCUUACUCAUGCAGUUUGUGUUGUGUCCAACUGGCUACCCGGUAGUCCGUUCGAUCUGUACAAAGCCUUAGAUAAUUCCCAUUAUCCACCGGAAGUGAUCGCGGUGACCAAUGAUACUGAAUAUUACAACAUCGGAUUGGCCGUGAUGGGUGUGGAGGAAGAAAUCGUCUCACCACUUCCAACAUCCACCACAGAAUUACUAAUUCACAAUCCCUUGACCGCUAUGAUCGUUUUCUCUUCCUUUUUGACUGUAGGACGGUUUGCGUAUGGCUUGAUGGACUUAACCGGUUCGCAGUUGUUACUGGAAAAUACCAGUGAAGAGGAUCGGGGCGCGGUUUGCGCGGUGCAGUAUUCGAUUAAACAGAUCUUUGUCCGUCUGACCUAUCUGGCAGCCAUUCUUCUCCCGUGGCCGCACACCUUUGGUCUCCUUGUGAUACUGUCGUUUUGCUCUACUUUUAUGUGCCUGGUGUUGUUCCUGUAUUUUUCCUGGAGAUGUGGUCAGAAAGAUGAGCGAUAGAAUGACCCACGGAGUGCCUUACGUUGUAUAAUUUUGGAUACCCUUCACAUGACGUGCAUUUAUUUACUUUACUUUGUGAUGCGGUGCUUCCCUUUUUUUCGAAAUGAUCUCAAGAUCAACUUCUGUUGGAUUGUGAUCCUCUCUGUCGUUGUUUGAACGUCUGUUGUCCUUUCAGUUUAUUUUAGCCUUUUUUGAUUUUGUUUGACAAAUGUUUAAAUAAUUAAACAAAACCACUUAA